AGAGAACGAAUUGACCAAGAGAACACGAACGAGGAAAUUCGAAAGUAGAGGGUAACAACAAGUUGCAUUAAAAGAAAACCAAAAAAGAAAACACAACAAUUUAGUGGCAUUCCUGUAUUGCGAGAAAAACCCUUGUUUUGGUAUUUCUGAUGCCACGGAGAAACUUACAGAGAAGGAAUGAGUGUUUUUGACAGUCUGUUUCGAAAUCUAAUCCUCACUGGGCAGUUUGUGAAGGGAUGGGGACAGCCUAAGCACCUUAAAAGGUUGCUGGAUCUUAGGAAGGUUUUGUCUGUUCGAGAUGCAGCAUACAGUCUGGUUGACAAGAAACAUGCAGUAGAUAUUUUCCAUGAGAAAGUAGAAGGAAAUGUUAGAGUAUUAGAGGGAGAAUUUCACUCACCAUGGGACAAAAUCAUUCCAGGGGUCAUGCCCAGUGUGGUCAAACGUGCAAGGUUUCAGAUGGUUCUCCCCCACAGAUGGCAAGGACCUGCUAAACCAAUCUGUAUCCAUCAUGGAGGCACUGGGGACCAUGGGUAUAUUCUGAGGAGAAGAUUAAUGGCUGAACCUUUAUUGAAUGAACAUGGCAUUGGAUCGGUCAUCAUUGAAAGUCCAUUUUACGGUACCAGGAAACCAAAGGAUCAAUUUCGCUCCAGUCUACAGAAUUUUAGUGACUUGAUAGUUAUGGGGGGUGCCCUGAUGUUUGAGACGGUUGUUCUGCUCCACUGGUGUGAGGAACAAGGCUGGGGUCCAUUUUGUCUGACUGGCAUUUCAAUGGGAGGAUUUAUGUCUUCCUUAGCUGCAACAAUAUGGCCAAAACCGAUUGGUCUGGUUCCCUGCCUAGCUGGUGUCACUGCUUCUCCAGUAUAUACCAGGGGUAUUCUUUCAAAAGCUGUACGAUGGGAUGUUUUAAAGAAUAGCUAUUAUGAGGACAAAGAAUACGAACAUGAAAUCAGAAAAAUGCUGGACUCCCCAGAGAAAGGGACUGGCAGAUUUUCAUCCCGAGAUUACACUGUACAAGAUUACCACAAGGACGUAGAACAAGCUCUGCUGCGCAUUAGGGACGCAGGUUCACAGGUUGACAGUAUAGGGACAGCUAUUCGACAGCUGAGAACUGUGAAUGAUUGGAAAGCUAAAUCCUUCUCUUCUAUGACACAUGAUGCAUGUAUACGUAAACCCAACGUAGACAAUUCUCCGCCAUUUAAAUCACUUGAUGUGGAAAUACUAGACUUUAUGUGGGAAAUGAUGGACGAAUUCACUCACUUGGGCAACUACUCCACCCCUGUGGAUCCGUCUAUGAUCAUAUCAAUAGUAGCUGAAUCAGAUGCUUAUAUACCUCGCGAUAAUGUGACAAACCUGCAAGACUUAUGGCCAGGUUCAAGGGUAAAGGUCAUUCCUGGAGGUCAUGUGUUGUCUGUAGUCAAUGGCAGACAGGCAUUCAGAAGUGCUAUCGCAGACUGUUUGGAAAAGAACAGAACUUCUUACAAUAUAUGCUGAUGCCUGUAUCUCUGUGUGCCAAAGUGAUUUAAAAUGACAAAAUUCAACACUUUCAAUGCAAAAAAAACCAACCCACUAUGAAUAUAUUAUUUUAAAGGUGUAUUGUAAUAUAUACAAUCAUGAUUCUAUUUACAAUUUUUUUAAAGAAAAUAAAAUUAUCUGUACAUAGAA